AUGGCAAUCAAGAUGGCACCCUCUCGCUAUGUGGAUGACAGCGACAGCGACGACCUCCCCGAACUGGAUGCGCUCAUCAACAGACACGUCAAGGGACUACCCGCUCUCAAUGCGCCGAAGNCUCACUGCCUCAAAACCGACGGUACCUCGUCUGGCACCUCAGAAACCAGCUGGAAGGACACAAAGAACCAAGACCGACGCGACCAAAACAAAUGCACCCCUGAAGAGCUCGACAAGAGCAAAGACGUUCACUCACAACGAAUCAUACACACGCGGUUCACUGAUGUUUUGAUAGCUCNNCCUCCACGAGCAGCACGGCCCAUCAUGUUAGAAAGACCAGCGACUCCUCCGCCAGCCUCCCCUUCAAAGUCUCGCCUUGUGUCUCCCUCCAAGAAGAAACAGCGCAUUCCUACACCACCUCAUGCACCUAACUUCGAAGAGUUCUGGAACGUUCAUGCAGUGAACACGUGGAACGACGAGUACUCGCCUCAGAAGCCCCUCAUGUCACCAAGGAAGAACCGCAAAGCAUUGCAAGAAGACUCAGACUCACCCUCCGCAUCGCCAAAGAAGUCACAAAGCCCUGCAAAGAAGACUCGCGCUGAGAUGGACGCAAGGAAGAACUUUGAGAAUAGAAAACACAAACUCGUCGAAGACUUCUUUGCCGAGCUUGAUCACAAGAUCACUGAAAACAAGAUCGGAGAGCUGGCUGCCUUGACUGGCGGUGUCAAAUUCAUCUGGAGCAAAACACUCAACUCGACCGCCGGCCGAGCAAACUGGAAGCGCGAGACAACAAAGCACAGAAACCUUGACGGCUCGAUAACAACCACUCAAAAGCACCACGCCUCCAUCGAGCUGGCCGAAAAAGUCAUCGACGACGAAGAACGUCUCUUGAACGUCGUGGCUCACGAAUUCUGCCAUCUAGCAAACUUCAUGGUCAGCGGGAUUAAGGAUCAACCGCAUGGUCACCAGUUCAAGGUCUGGGGCAAGAAGUGCAGUGAUGCGUUCGGUCACCGCGGUGUGGAAGUCACAACAAAACACUCAUACCAUAUCGAUUACAAGUACAUCUGGACGUGCACAAACGACAUGUGCAGCCAUGAGUUCAAGCGCCACUCCAAGAGCAUCGAUCCAGCCCGUCACUCGUGUGGCGUGUGUCGCGGCAAGCUCGCUCAGACAAAACCAGUGCCCAGAAAGCAGGCGGGUCCAACCAGCUAUGCAGCUUUCGUCAAAGCCAACUUUGCAGGUCUGAAGCAGGAAAUGGCAGGAGCACCCCAUAAGGAAGUCAUGGCUGCCUUGGGCCAAAAGUAUCGAGACCAAAAGGCCAAGGGCGAGUUGAGUGUUGCAACGCCGCCAGCUGGAGUGGAAGAUAUGGCGAAAGCAUUGGAAGUGGUGACGUUGGACAGCGAGUGA